CCCCGUCUUCCUGAUACAUACAGGCGUCCAUUCCGCGCGUCCACGUGCCGACCCUAACAAGUCCGCAGGAAAACAGUCAUGCCUGGAAUUCUCUUGGGAGACGUUUUCCCCAACUUUGAAGCAGAGACCACUAUCGGCAAGAUCAAAUUUCACGACUUCUUGGGAAAUUCUUGGGGUAUCUUGUUCUCACACCCACGUGACUUCACUCCAGUAUGUACGACUGAGCUUGCCCGCGCUGCGAAGCUUCACGAUGAGUUCAAGAAGCGUGACGUGAAGAUGAUCGCCCUGUCCAUCGACAGCGUGGAGGACCACCGCAAGUGGAGCGAGGACAUCUUGUCGUUUAACCAAGACAAAGCCUGCUGUCCCAUGCCUUUCCCCAUCAUCGCGGAUGACAAGAGGGAGUUAUCAGUCUUACUGGGGAUGCUGGACCCCGAUGAGAGGGAUAAAGAUGGGAUGCCCCUCACUGCCCGCUGCGUGUUUGUUGUUGGCCCAGAUAAGCGGCUGAAGCUGUCCAUUCUCUAUCCAGCCACCACGGGGCGCAAUUUCGAUGAGAUCCUCCGCGUCAUAGACUCUCUGCAGCUGACCGCGACCAAGAAAGUGGCCACCCCUGUGGACUGGAAGCCUGGUCAAGAAGUCAUGGUCAUCCCUUCUUUGUCAGAUGAAGAGGCCAACAAACUUUUCCCAGCAGGGUUUACUCUCAAAGAGGUGCCUUCUGGGAAAAAAUACAUACGCUACACUAAACCGUAACUGAUAUAUUGGGGCAAUCCUGUAGAAAUAACAGCACUUAACGGGCAUCACAUUUUAGUUCAGUUGAUGUGGUGCGUUCUGACUUGACUACAUGACCCCUUUCACUUGUAAGGUCAUUACAUACAAUCUAAUUAUUGUAUUGUGCCUUAAUCUCAAUAAAACCCACUGUACUUUUGUAAUUUCAAAA